AGUGGGCGAAGAUGGCGUCGGGGAAGAAGGGAGGAAACAGCAGCCUCGAAAAAGGUUUGAAUGGAAGACGUUCGUCAAAACAUAAGGAGGGGCCAAUAGUGAUGGACACCAAGGCGGUGUUUACUGCCCUGUACAGUGUGUGUGAGGAGAAUGCUACGUUCUUCUCUGAGGGUGCUAAGGGGGCCCAGGGGGGCGCGGCACAGCGGCUGGUGGACACCAUGACCCUGAUCCAGGAGCACGCCCGCAGCCUGGAACCUGUCAUCUCAGGCUUCGCAGCCAUCUACCAUCACUUUGACUUUGACCCACACAUACCAGCCAACGGAUACCGCUCUCUAGUCAAGGUGGUGCGCUGCUGCAUUCUCCACAUCAUCCACAAGGGGCGCUACAUCUCCACCAACCGACGCAGCAUCUUCUUUCGGACGGCCCACAACGCAGGGGAGAUGGAGGCCUACUGCUCGGCCCUAUGUCAGCUGAGAGCCCUGCUCUACCUGGCCCAGCGACUGCUGCACGACAACAGCCACGGGAACCUCUUCUUCCACGAGGAGAGCGGCCUCAGCCAGAGCUUCAUCCGGGAGUACUCCUCCAUGCACAAGGGCUGCUUCUACGGACGCUGCCUCGGAUUCCAGUUCACUCCAGCCAUCCGUCCCUGUCUGCAGACCAUAGCCAUCGGCCUAGUGGCCUUUGGAGAGAACUACAGGCGCCACCAGUCAGGCAUUGGUGUAGCAGCCAGCUCCUUCUUUACCUCAGGGAAGUACGCCAUCGACCCGGAGUUAAGGGGGGCGGAGUUUGAACGCAUCACUCAGAACCUGGACGUCCACUUCUGGAAGGCCUUCUGGAACAUCACAGAGACCGAGGUUCUAUCUAGUCUAGCCAGUAUGACGUCCACCCAGGUGAAGGUGAACCGUGCCCUCUCGGUGCCCCCUGUGCCCUUUGACCUCCCGCUGGUGGCUGAUCCCCACCUCACUGUCACCAUAGAMGCCCCGUCGGCCCACACCGGCCCUGGCCCCGUACAGAUGAGGCUGAUCUCCUUCGAGCUGAGGGAGGGACAGGACAGUGAGGCGUUGCUGUCCCUGUCUCGUUCUGAGGGGGGUCCUAUCUCCCUGUCUCUGGGAAUGAAGACCAAGCAGAGCCCCGCUUCUCGCUGGCUCCUGGUGCACUACCACGGAGGAGGCUUUGUGGCCCAGACUUCCAAGUCUCACGAGCCGUACCUGAAGAGCUGGUCUCAGGACCUGGGUGUGCCCAUCCUGUCUGUGGACUACUCUCUGGCCCCUGAAGCCCCCUUCCCCAGGGCCCUGGAGGACUGCUUCUACGCUUACUGCUGGGCCAUCAAGAAUCACCAGCUGCUGGGUUGGACUGGGGAGAAUGUCUGUCUGGCCGGUGACAGUGCUGGUGGUAACCUGUGUAUUACAACAUCGAUGCGCGCUGCGUCUCAUGGUGUGCGAAUGCCUGAUGGCAUUGUAGCUGCCUACCCUGCCAUCCUGCUCACCGCCUAUGCCUCGCCCUCCCGCCUGCUCACCCUCUUCGACCCCCUACUGCCCCUCAGUGUGCUCUCCAGGUGUCUCAGUGCCUACGCAGGUGAGGAGCCCCAGGCAGAGAAGCAGGUGGAGAAGGUGAGCACUCUGAGCAUGGUGAGAAGAGACACGGCCCUGCUGCUCAGAGACUUCAAACAGGGAGCUUCCAACUGGAUCCACUCCCUACUGGACCCCAACAGAGCCGCUGCCAUGGCAUCAACAGACACGUCUUCGUCAGUGAGGAAGAGUGUGUCUGAGGCAUCCAUCAGCUCGCCCCACUCGGACCCCCCCGUGCCCCCUGAGCAUCCCUUUGACUUCUCCCUGAGGAGAGAGUCUCUGAAGAGCCACACCUGCCAGGACCUGGCAGGCCACACCAACAACGCCAACUCCACCCCCGCUGCUGCCCCCACCACUCCUGCCCACAAUGCAAUGGUGUUCCCCAAACCCACGCCUGACAACGUGAGCUUCUUCCUCUCCAAAGAGGAGGUGGUGUCCAUGUCGGAUGCUCUGUCUUCUGUUGCCAUAGCGCCCCCUGAGGGGGAGGAGGGCGUGGUGCUGGAGCACCCUCGGGAGUUCCCCCUGGGCUUCGAACCGUUGCGCUCUGAGCGGCUGGCUGAGAUGAAGCUGGCCACCUCGCCUGUCGUCAGGAACCCCUACAUGUCUCCUCUACUGGCCCCCGACAGCAUGCUGAGAGGACUGCCCCCCAUCCUGUGCGUUAGACCCCAUGCUAGAUGACUCUGUGAUGUUUGCCAAGCGCCUGAGGAACGUAGAUCAGCCAGUCACCCUGUGUGUGGUGGACGACCUUCCCCACGGCUUUCUCAGCCUAUCACAGCUCUCCAGGGAGACGAGGGAAGCGGCUAACGUCUGCGUCAACCGAAUCAGGGACGUCUUUGACCAGAAGGACUCGCCCCAGGAGCCGCGCAUGCACCGCAAGCUGGAAAGGACCAAUCGCCGUGCUUCCUCUGUCGCCACGGGUGACCCAGAGAAGCUUUUUGCAGCACCCAUUCAAGAGGAGGAGCUGCUGGUGGCCAGGGGAGGGGCUCUAGUUCCAGAUGGGGCGGGGCUAGUUGGCUUGGCAGCACAGAACAACAUAGACAUUGUGGGAUAAAUGCAUAAUCAGGGGUUUGCUAGAUGAGUACUGUUUGUUAAAGGAUUUAAAAGAGAUGGAGAAAAGGGGGGAUUUGGCCKAUAUGAAGCCUGGGAGAGGAGAAGGGAAUAGAGCGAAGGAAAGACAGCAGGAGGAGGAUAUGCAGAAGGAGUUGGUAGCAUGCCCAGUUUUGGAGAGACAAAAUGAAGUACCUAUGGAUAGAGAGGAUAGCAAGUACUAAAUGCAACCUCUUCAGCUUUCAAACUCUCAAUUGCUGCUUGCUGUUUAGCACCAUGCAGAGCAACAUGUUGCCCAUACUGGUUGACACACACACACACACACAAAAUCACUUUGCCUUUUGGGCUGCUGCAUUGUGCUCGGUGUAGAACUGUGAGUUUGUAGCCUGGACAUUAUAAAACAGCACAGAGCGUUGUGGUGAAUGGUCGAUCCAUCUCCCUAUAGAAGACUAUUCCAGUCCCUAAUCAGAUAGUGGUAGACGUGCAAUGAGCUCCUACAUAGUGCCAUCACAACUUAAUGGCCACUUGUUUUUUUAGGGAGCUACUCUAAAUCAAGCUUAAUAACUGUAGAACUCUGAGGUCUGUUAAACUAGUUGGUUGUGAAUACUGCCGCUGUUCGGUCACUUACUCUGCUGAUUGGCCCAUCAAUAGGGUGCUGCAGCACUGGAAACAACAAACUUAGAAACUGGAAGGAUUUGGUAGUACCUUGAAAUUGUUAACCAUAAUAGAUCUUAUGUCAUAGUAUUCCUUGUUAUUUGUAUUUAUUGUGUGUGUGUGUGUAUAUAUAUACUCGUAUUGUAUUCUUAUUUUAACCAUGGAUCAUAGUUAUACCUGUUUGUUCAAGGCUUUUAAGAGCAUAUUGUGAGGUGGAUGCUAAGUUAUGUUCCUAGCUGUGUAGUGCCAUACUCUGUGGCUGCUCAUUCCUAGUUGUUGAAAGUAGCCAAAUGUUAACCUCUACCACUGUAGCGACUAGUGGUCAGCUAGCCGUUACCCAUCCAAACAUUCACCUCACAGUGAGAUGUGACAUAGUCGAUAUUAUUAUAUUCUGCUCUUUCUUUUAUACUGAUAUAUUAUAACUAGCCAAUCAUAAAUAGCUAAUGCAAUAUUAUAGCUGCAUGUUCAUCAGUGCAAUCAAAAGGAUUCAGUUGUGCCAUAAUGAUAUUGUGCUUGGAUUUAAGUACACUGUUGUGGGGGUAAAGAGUCGUUUUUGUUUUGAUCAUUUUUAUUGACACACAGUAAUUAAGUCUUAUGAUUUUAAGUCUCUUGUGCUCAGCCUUUAUUUGUUGCCAUCUAAAAGCAACACUUAGCUGUCUAUAGACUGACUGCCUUUAGAAGCAGAUGUUUUUUUAAAGACUUGAAAUCCUUUCUCUAUUUGCACAGCGAAUAACUUCAAUAUGAAAGCCUGAAGCAGACAGAUGCACUGCACAUCUCUUCAUACUAUAUCUGUACAUCACUGCACUGACUGCCAAAACCGCAGCCCUCUAUCCCAGGAUGCAGUGCGUUACACUGCCACAGCCCUUGAGCCAGGGGACGUCCUGCUUGCUGACCCAUUUCUGCACCUCCGUCCAAAUCACAGAGGAUCCAUUCUGCUCCAACAGCCUGUACCGAGCGAGCAGGAGAAUCUAGAACAAGCCUGAUAGUGAGCUCAUACUCACUGAGCAGGUGACUUCUCUAGUUAGCUAAUGUGUCUUUUUGUGCACCUUUAGGACAUUCUACAGUGGCUGACUGACAAUCUAGGUUCUACACCAUCUUUACCCCGUGCAAAUACUCAGGGGCUGAUGCUGCUACUACUACGUUUUGACUGAAUCUGAUUUGAUACUUGAUAUGGCCUCUGUCUAGCUUGUUGAGAAUGAAUGAUUCACAUUGGAGUGAAGGAGGUGUCCCUUUUGUGUCAUCCUCUAGCAAGCCUUUAACUAAAUAUAAAUGACAACAACCUCACUUCUGGUGCUGUCCUUGUCUGGUGGUCACAGGCCUGGGUUGCCAGAUCAGUUGAGAAUUAGGCUGGGUGAUAAAGAUUGCUUUUGGCUGGAUUUAGAGCAGGGUUUAUCCAGCACAAGGUCAUAAUCUAGUAUUAUGAUUCACUGUCCUGUUUGCUGCCAGUGCUUAUUGCAGCGUUUUGAGGCAGGCUGAUAGAAAUUAAGAGAGCUGUUAACCGUGAAGGUAUUCAAGGAAUCACUUAUCUUGUUUUUAGAAGUCUUGUGUUUAAUGGUUGAUGGUUUUAGAUGCUAGUUAUGAUCAUUUCACACUUUUUCUUUGUACGUUAAGUGUAACUGUGUGUCUGUGUUUAGUGCCGUGUGAGUGUCUGGUAAGUGGAUUCUGUAUGUGUCUAUCAAUGACUCUAACAUUG